CACAUGCAGACCCUCUAUGUGACAGUACAAAGUGUAAUCAGUCAUGUCAUGUGUUUUUCUUGUUUUUCUAGUGUGUCUCCUCUUCACCUCAUGUGUACCUGCUGCAGGAGCUCAGAUCAGACUGGUCGGUCCUGGUUCUACUGGGUGUUCUGGUAGAGUUGAAGUCUUUCAUAACAACGCCUGGGGAACAGUCUGUGAUGAUGAGUGGGACUUAAAUGAUGCUCAGGUGGUUUGUAGACAGCUGAACUGUGGGACGGCAGUGAGUGCCCCUGGCUCCGCCCUCUUUGGUGAAGGUUCUGAACCAAUCUGGCUCGAUGAUGUGGCCUGUUCAGGAAGUGAGAGUUCUCUGACUGAGUGUCGACACCGAGGAUUUGGAACACAUAACUGUGGACACGGUGAGGACGCUGGGGUCAUAUGUUCAGCUUCUCAGGUCAGACUGGUUGGUUCUGGUUCUACUGGGUGUUCUGGUAGAGUUGAAGUCCUCCACAGUGACACCUGGGGAACAGUCUGUGAUGAUGGGUGGGACUUAAAUGAUGCUCAGGUGGUUUGUAGACAGCUGAACUGUGGGACGGCAGUGAGUGCCCCAGGCUCCGCCCACUUUGGUCAAGGUUCUGAACCAACCUGGCUCGAUGAUGUGGCCUGUUCAGGAAACGAGAGUUCUCUGACCGAGUGUCGACACCCAGGAUUUGGAACAGAAAACUGUGGACACGGUGAGGACGCUGGGGUCAUAUGUUCAGCUUCUCAGAUCAGACUGGUUGGUUCUGGUUCUAGUUCUGGUUCUGGUCCUGGUUCUACUCGGUGUUCUGGUAGAGUUGAAGUCCUCCACAGUGGUACCUGGGGAACAGUCUGUGAUGAUGAGUGGGACUUAAAUGAUGCUCAGGUGGUUUGUAGACAGCUGAACUGUGGGACGGCGCUGAGUGCCCCAGGCUCCGCCCACUUUGGUCAAGGUUCUGAACCAACCUGGCUCGAUGAUGUGGCCUGUUCAGGAAGUGAGAGUUCUUUAACUGCAUGUCGACACCCAGGAUUUGGAACAGAAAACUGUGGACACGGUGAGGACGCUGGUGUCAUAUGUUCAGGGAGUCUCCCCAAACCCAGCAUCUUUGUGAAUCCUGCUGGUGAGGUCACCUGGGGUCAAAGCCUCAGCAUCACUUGUUCAACUUCAGCAGAGUUUUUGGACAGAGCCUUCAGUCUGAUGGUGUCCUCGGGCUCAUGUAGAAACCCUCAGACGUCAACUUCCGACUCGGCUACUUUCAACUUCGCAAUGGUGACCUUUGACACUGAUGGAUUGUACCAGUGUCAGUAUGAGAAGAACAUUUCAAGUCAAACAUUCAGGUCUCCCUCAAGUGACCCCAUCACACUUCAUGUUACCGUGGAUCUGCAGCAGCCCACCAUCUCUGUGUCGUCUCCUGACGGAGGCCUGCUGUGGGUUCCUGAAGGUGCACAGGUCACCAGAGGUCACAGCUUGGUCAUCACCUGUUCUGUCCACACCGUCUACCCUGGAGGACGCUUCAUUCUCAUCUUCUCCGACUCCAACGUCACCACCUCCGAGGCUGCGGUCAACAACUCCGCCUCCUUUGACUUUUCUGUAGUGGAGUACGAACACCAGGGAAACUACAGCUGUGUGUACGAAGUUACGAGCUCCACACGCACAUUCACAUCUGCACCAACAGCAGCGCUUUAUGUCAGCAUCACAUGUAAGUACAACAAAGGAAACGCUUAUGCUGUCAACACCCAGUCUGGUCCAAGGUUCCAAUAG